CGGUAACCUUCCGCCACACGCAUACGGCCGAGCUACCUCCUCCCCCGCAGACGGCAGCGCCGCCGCCGCCGAAAGACGACCGUCCUCUGCAUACUUUUUUGGCGGAAUGUUCCGGCGGGGGGAAUUUUAAUGCCUGAGCUAACCGUCCUCCAUCUAGCGCUACUCUCGGGUAGUUUGCCGAGUGUGUCUUUUGGUGACGAGCUGCGGCGAGGGGCUGUAUUAAUCCGCAAGGUGUUUCUCGGUGGUCUUUCCCAGCCCCUCUCUGGAUGCAUCCAGCUCCUCUGCCCCCGGGCCCUGGUCCCGGUGCGUGACCCCGCCGUCUUCCCCGCUGUCCCCCUCGGGGACCAGCGCCUUCCCUCCGGCCGAGCUCUGCCCGGAGGCGGGGGGCCACGGCGACAUGGUGGCCUCCCGCCGACGCGAGCCCCUCGCCAUGAGCGGCGGGACCACUUCGGAAGAAAGGGUCUCACAGUCGGACUGCACCCCGCAUCACUUCAAGCCUUUCAGCUCACACGCGCACUACCAGCAGGUGAUGUGCGCAGUGAGUAAACUCCAGAAGAGCGGAUUCUACUGGGGUGCAGUGGGGGGUCGCGAGGCCAGCUCCCUACUCCGCUCGGAGCCCCCGGGGACCUUCCUGAUUCGGGACUCGUCAGACAACCACCAUUUCUUCACUCUGUCGGUGCAGACGGACCGCGGCACCAAGAACCUGCGCGUCCACAGUGAGGUCAGCGGCUUCUUCCUGCACGUUGACGCGCAGUGCGCCCAACAGCCGCCGCGAUUCGACUGCGUGCUCAAACUCAUCGCGCACUACAUGGGCAAAGGCCCCGCUGAGCCCGGCUCUGGCCGCACCGCCUAUCUGAUCCACACCGGCGGUGAGCGGAUCCCGCUAGAGCUGCGGCGGCCCCUCUUCAACUCCCUGUCGUCCCUGCAGCACAUGUGCAGGAGGACCCUGAACAGCCAGGGCCUUGGCGGGGCCGAGCGGCUGCCGCACACGCUCAGAGACUUCCUUGAGGAGUACGACGCCCCGAUAUGACUAAGUCGGCGGACUCGGACCGGUUCUCGGCGGGGGACGUGACUGUGAGCAGAGGUAAUCGGUCAACCUUCUACCGAUGACUGACUUAGACGCCGAGCGGAGCCUCGUAGAAGACUAACAAGAAGAAGCGUCUUGUGUACAUGCGUUCACACGGGACCAAACUCGACUUUUUUUUCCCUUUUCAAUCCAAAACCGGCUGCAAAAAUACACUGUGAUGAUCAUCUUGCAGAUGGAGCAAAGCGAAAAGCGGGAAAUGGGAUUAGGAAGGAGACUUUAGAAGUCGGGGGGAGGUGUAGUCGUACAAAAAAAGACGCAUUGAGCUUCGAGGAAAUGACAGUUGGACGCCCCAGAGCCAAAAUGGCGUCAAGUCUUAAGUUUUUUUUACUUUUUAUUUGUAGUUCUCAUCUCAUAAAAGCACGCACGUCCCAAUUCUCAUAAAGCGGAGAUACAAGGGGUCCUCGGCUUAUGAUGCAACCGGAGUAAGAAUGAGCCAAACCACGUCUUCGUGAUUACAGUAAAUAUUUAUCUGAACACUACAUCUCUAGAGCAAUCCAAUGAAAAACGGUAAGCAAAAUAGUUUAUUAAAUGUCCGAAAUUUUAAUCUCAAAUGUUUUUAAGCGAGGACUGCAGCCAGCAAGGGGUCCUCAUUUUCUCUCAGAUAUCUGUUCCUAUAGGAACACAAAUUUGUUGGCAAGCGAUUUCUAAACUAUUCUAACUCGGUAGUUACCAAAGUAAAUAAUCCAUUCAAAGACUCACAAAGCCUUCGUAAACCGAGUGACCCAUUGUACUUGCUUUUUCAUCUGACAGUAUACAAAUCGAAGAAUAUAUAUAUAUACACACACAAGUGCAUACAUAGACGCAUGAGUGCUGCUCCACAAGGUGCGUGCACUCAUUUAGUGUCCGUAUCAUUAAUUCAUCGCGCCCAGCCGAAUGACUUCAUCAAUGGCCAGCAUUGAUUAGUCGAUUUAAUACGGCGCAUUUGUUAAAAGGCUGUAUCAAAUAUUAAUAAUGAACCCAGACGCUCAAUUUUUUACACCAAGUAUCCUUUCUACCCUACAGGUCACAUUGUUCAGUGCUAUUUGCCGCAUUUCAAAGUUUACCACUAAGCUAAAAAAGAGUCUACGACACUCUUCGACAGAUAACGGCAUCCAAAUUAACGCUGCUUUGAAUAAUUAGGACACAAAGACGUGCCUGAGAACAAAAAUUCAUAUACAGUGGUACCUUUACUUAAGAAAUUAAUUGGUUCUGGAAUUAGUUUUGUAACUUGAAAAUUCUGUAAGUAGACGCUGUUUCCAUGUCAAUGCCCUAAUCCGUUCCAAGCCCCCCAAAAUUCAGACAUACUCUAAUUUUCAGACUAUAAGCCGCUACUUUUUUCCCUGAUUUUGAAUCCUGCAGUUUAUAGUCCAGUGCAGUAUAUUUGCUGAUUUAUUUCGGUUUAUAGGCUAGGGCUGCAGCUAUCGAAUAUUUUAGUAGUCGAUUAAUCGAUGGACUACUUAGUUCGAAUAAUCGAGUAAUCUGAUAAGGAACAUGAUAAAUCAAAAUACCUGAGCUGAGCCUCAAACGGUGUGUAAUAUAUAUAUAUAUAUAUUUUUUUUAAAAGGAUCUAUGUACAACAAAAGAACAAUUGGCUAACUUACAGAGAAAAAGUCCGCUAACUUAAAUGCUAUAAAAUGCUAGUUUUUUUUUUACAAUGCUCUUAAAAAAACGGCUAAAUAUACCUAUAAACUAAAUUAUGAAUGCAUUAAAAAACAUUAGCUCAAACAAAAACUUAGCUUAUGUUAGUCUUAACAGGGAGCAGUUGGAUUCAGCCAUGUGAAAAAAAAGCAGACCAGAGGGCAGUGUAGCCACCCUAAUCAAUAAAACUAAAUGCAAACACUUUCAAAAUAAACCAUUACAAUGCCAUUUUAAACGAAUACUCGAAGCAACAAAAUUGAAUUCGAAUAUUUUUUUCUAAUCAAAUACUCGAGUUAAUCGAUUAAUCGUUGCAGCACUAUAGGUAACCCUUCCUUUGACAGAGGAUAGGCAUUAAUGACAUUAUCAAUUAUGUCACUCCAUUUAUGUCCUGCUCGGAUCUUCACGUCCAUUCAAAAGUGAGAUCAUUUGCCAGAUGACACAAAAUGACAUCUGUCAUAAGCAUUCAUUAAUGCUCAUGGAAAUGUCAUGUCAUAAUUAUGAUUGUCUUAUGACAGUUUUAUGGUGCCACUGUCAAAUAAAGUGUUACCAAAUACCAUACCUAGCAAUUAAUGAAAUAACUGGAACAUUAACUGAAGAAAUAAUUGGCACAAAACAUUCAUUUUGAUUGUUAAUUACAUCUGUAGCGGUGCAAUGCAUGUUAGGAGGCAUGUUGGACGACAACAGUGUUAGCAGCAGAGGUUUAAUGUCUCCCCCAAGGAACCAGUGAUGGCCAAAUGAAGCUUCUUGAAGCUUUGCAGCCAAUUGGUUCAAAGCUUCAUGGUGGUUCAUUUGACUUUAUGACAGUUUUAUAAUGCCGCUGUCAAAUAUAGUGUUACCAGUUCAUAUCUUUUGGUGUAAAUAUCCUAUACAACAGUCAGGACAACUGCGGUUUAUAGUCCAGUGCGACAUACUGUAUCUAUGAACAAAUGCUGUUUUCGUGUCAAAUUCUGUGGGCCCAGCUUAUAGUCGCGAAAAUUAUGGUAAAUCUUUUAUAAUGCAUAACAAUGUAUCAAAACAUAACAAAUAUGUUACAAUUAGAUUAUUGCACAAUAAACAUCAAAUCAGAUUUGAGCAGAAUGUAAAAAAACAAGAAUGAAAGUUGAUACACUCAUGUAAAGCUGUCAGAACACGAGGGGCAAAUGAAGAGGACGCUUGGAUACACACAUACACAUACAGUAGCGGUCUCUCUUAGCCAAUCGAAUGUCAGGAAUGUUAGGCAAUAGCCAAUGGCAGGGCAGCUAUAACAUUGGUCCUUAACCUUGCUAAAAGUUUCACAUGUGGAUUCACCGAACCCUUCAGAAUUAAGAUAACAAAGCCAUUUUUUUUUUUCCAAAUUCAAAACCAAUAUAUCUAAGCUAGCAAGCUAAUAAUUUAACAAAUUCUCAUUCAGAAUGCAUUUUGACAGCAUGUUUGAUAAACAGGUCAAAAUUUGAGACCACGCUGCCCAUUGGUCUGUUGUAUUAUCUCAUACCAAGUACAAGUCAACCUUCCACUGAGCAAACCAGUUCCUCCUCCCAUCAGAUCGAGGAAUAGUAGUAAAUGAAAUGUAUGUAUCUAAAAAGCCACUUUGCCUAGCGUACGAAAACAGGGCUCUGUGUGUCUUUACCUUCGCCGAACCCCUUGGACUUACGCACCGAACUGCUGAGGUUCGGCCGAACCCAGGUUAAGAACCACUGAGCUAUAAGUGUGUUAUGUUCAGGACACUCUGGGAACUGCGGGUACCAGGCAUAAUCUAGUUUUGCCUUUCGUAUCCUGAAAUUUCUUUCGUAACAAGAGGCAAUAUUUUCCCGUUGAGGCGUGUCCUAACCUGAAAAUUCUGUAUGUUUGUAAGUUGAGGUACCACUGUAUAUUUUAGAGGAAUUGGGAUCGUCGAACAAGAAACGUGCUCGGUAGGGCCCCUGGAAUGUUUGGGGAAAUUAGCCUCGCUAACAAUUUCACCAAAAAAUGUGAACUUAAAAGAAAUUUAAAGACACGUUGGAUGCUUCAUUGACAACACUGUUAGGGGCACGGUGUCAAAAUUUUGACAAUUUGGAGGAUUUCAUGUGAAAAAGACUGGCCAUUAAUGAAUGUAAUGAAGCUUUAAUUUACAAUAGGCAGCAAUUUCAUUGAACAACACAAAUUUGGGAAUGUCUAUUAAAACUAGUGUUGCACUGAUACUAGUAUCGGUUUAGUACCGAUACGGCACUAAAAUGAUGUCAUCCGUAUCGGAGGGUCCACUUCAAAUGGAUUGAACGUCUAGUCCCGUCAAUGGCAAUCUAUGACUUAAGCAGUGUCUGACCAAGCCAUUAUAGCAAUUACUUCACAUUCAAGUAGGUCAGCUGCAACUAUUGAUUAUUUUAGUAGUCGAUUAAUCCAUCAACUAGUUAGUUCGAGUAAUCGAUUAAUCAGAUUAGGAACAUUGAAUACGUUGGAGAAUUAGAUGUAAAACCAAGCCUUGCUAAGAUUGCACUUUCAAAAGAGCGUUAGAUAUAAAAAAUAAAUUAAUUGAAUUCCUGAGUGUUUCUUCAAACUAUGCAGAAUUACACUUUCAUUUAAAAAUAAAUUAAAAUACCUGAGCAUAAAAUAAUUGAGGAUCAAAGUGAAACAAAAGAACAAUUGGCUAACUUGUAUAGCAAAAGUCUGCUAGCUUAAAAGCUAUAAAAUGCUAACGUAUUUUGACAAUGCUCUUAACAAAUGGUUCCAACACAUUAUCCCCCCCAAAACGGCUAAAUAUACCUAUUAACUAAAUUACAAAUGCAUAAAAAACAUUAGCUCAAACAAAAACUUACCUUAUGUAGGUCUUAACAGGGAGCAGCUGGAUUCAGCCCUGUUAAAUAAGUUAUAUCAUAUUCACUGCUCCCACUAGAGGGAUGUGUAUCCACCCAAAUCAAUAAGACUAAAUGCACACACUUUAAAAAGAAAACCAUUACAACGUCAAGCUAAUUAAAUGAAUACUCGAAGCAGCAAAAUUUUAAUUCGAAGCUUUUCUAUAAUCGUAUUCCCGUAAUUUUCUAACUUUAAGACGCUACUUUUUUGCUUCAUUUUGAAUCCUGCAGCUUAAAGUCCAGUGCGGCUUAUUUGUUGAUUUGUUUGGGUUAAUAUGUAACACUUUAUUUGACAGCGGCAUCAUAAGACCAUCAUAAUUAUGACAUGACACUAUUAUGGAUAUUACUGAAGGCUUAUGACAGAUAUCAUUAAGUGUCAUCCGGCAAAUUAAUUCACUAACUCCAUUUAUGUCCAGCUUGGAUCUUUUACAUCCAUUCAAAAGUGAGAUAAUUUGCCGGAUAACACUAAAUGACAUCCGUUAUAAGCAUUCUUUAAUGCUCAUGAUAGUGUCGUAUCAUAGUUAUGACAGCUUUAUGACAGUCUUAUGGCACCACUGUCAAAUAGAGUGUUACCAAAUACCAUAACUUGCGAUUAAUGAAACAACUGUAACAGCAACUGAAGAAAUAAUUAGCACAGAACAGGAAUUUUGAUUGUUAUUUCCAUCUGUAGUGAAUGCUAGGAGGUAUGUUGGACUAUAACAGUGUUGACAGCAGGUUGUAGCAGCAAGGGAGCAGUAUUGGCCAAAUGAAGCUUUGCAGCCAGUUGGUUCAAAGCUUCACGGUGGUUCAUUUGGUUACCGGUUAAUAUAUUUUGGUGUACAUAUCCCAUAAUACAGUGAGGAGAGCUGCGGCUUAUCUAUGAACUAAUGUUGUUUUCGUGUCAAAUUUGGUGGGUGGCGGCUUAUAGUCAGGUGCGCCUUAUUGUGCGAAAAUUACGGUACUCGAGUUAAUCGAUCGUUGGAGCUCUACAUUCAACUGCGUAUGCACCUAACCUUUUAAAAACAUGUUACCGGUACAGUAUCGACAUCACCCGAUUCAACACACACAUCAGAAUCUGUUUCCGAGGCCAAAAAAACAAUGGUUUUGGUGCAACACUAAUUGUAAUAGGAAAACAAACCUAAAAAAAAAAAAAAAAAAAUCAUUCCUGAAAGUAAACAGCAAGUCUGACGUUUUGGUUCAAUGCAGCCGUUGUGAAAUCAAGAAACCCAACAACAGUAUGUUUUUUUUCUAUUCUAAUUUUUCCCCCCUGUGAAAAGUUUGGUCCAUUCUUAUUUUUCCACUCGUACCUCUAGACAACACUUCUUCCCCUUACCUGCAAAAGAGGAACUCAUUUUUAAUUUUUUUUUUUUUUUAACUUACUUUAACAAUCGUGUUUGCUGUUAAAACAAAAAGAAUUACACUUUGGAAGCAGCGAUCCACUUGGAAGCUAACAAAAAAAAUGUUUUGCGCUGGUGGACCCGUCAACAUCACGUCAUGUGUAUGUAUGUGAAAUCAUUUUGUCUUUUAUAAAGACUCUACUUAACCGCAGCAAGCUGAUGGCCACUUAGUGUGGCACGACACAAGCUGUAAUCUCUCAACGACAUCUACAACAAAAACGCCAGAAGAAUAAAUGAGAAAAAAAAUGGAACGUUGCACAUAUUUAUAUUUCUAAAAUAUUUCAAUAAUUUAUAUUAAAGAGCACUAUUUUUACAAAAGCCAA